UUUUUCUACAAUGUUAUUUUUCUGACUGUUGCUGGUGGACGAAUUUUUUGUUCUCGCUGUGUCGAGAGUGUUUGUGCAGUGUUCGUGUUCGAUACAGUGGUUUAUUCUCCAAUAGAUCACGAAGAUGUCGUCCCCGAGCGCUGGGAAACGUCGUAUGGACACGGACGUCAUAAAACUCAUUGAGAGUAAGCAUGAGGUCACGAUACUGGGCGGUCUUAACGAGUUCUACGUGAAAUUCUUCGGUCCGCCUGGAACUCCAUACGAGGGAGGCGUGUGGCGGGUUCGCGUCCACCUCCCCGAUCACUACCCCUUCAAAUCGCCGUCCAUCGGGUUCAUGAACAAGGUGUACCACCCCAACAUCGACGAGGUGUCGGGCACCGUGUGCCUUGACGUCAUCAACCAGGCCUGGACUGCACUCUAUGAUUUGUCGAACAUAUUCGAGUCGUUUCUUCCGCAGCUGCUCACAUACCCAAACCCCAUCGAUCCGCUGAAUGGCGACGCGGCCGCUAUGUACCUCCACAAGCCCGAGGAGUACAAGAAGAAAGUUUCAGAUUAUGUCCGGCGGUUUGCAACAGAAGAGGCGCUCCUCGAGAAGGACGCGAUAACAGGUAUGGGGGCGACUUCCGCGUCGUCGGGCACCAAGCCGUCCAACGGAGCCGCCAGCGAUACAGAGAGUUCCAUGUCGGAGUUCAGUGACGAUGAGGCCCACGACAUGGAGUUAUAACGUCGUCCGCACACUCUCCGCUCGCUCGCUGCCGUCUCACCGUUGGUUGUUAUAUAACAUGUGUCGUAGCUCUAAUAUCUAUGUCGUUGGCCGCUCUUUCUAAGAAAAUUUAUUGAUUUAGGCGUUACUUUGCGGAAAUCCAUAAUUAUACAAAUGAUUUAAGUUUUCUUUAGUGUUAAUUCCGCCAAUAUUUGUUUUUAAAACAAUUCGACACGUGUUUCGCCUCUACACGAGCCAUCCUCAGGACGUGUUGUCUCGCCAAAUAUUGGCGGAAUUAACACUAAAGAAAACUUAAAUCAUUUGUAUCGCUCUUUCUAAUUUCCGAUUAUUAUUUUACUAUUUAGUCUUUAUAACAUUGGUUACAAGACCAUCAGCUCAAGCCAAAAUACAAAAAAAGAAGAAUAUUUAAAAAACUUUUUCAAUAUACUUGUCGAUUACAAGAAAAACCCCCGUUAGGUUUAUGGACAAAAAAUUUCUUGAUGUCGGUUAGACUACCUCCAAUUUAUCACGCAUGUUUUUAUUAUUCCGACUCUUGUUUCAAAUUUGAAUUUUUUGUCUUAAGCCUUUUGCAGUUUGGGGCGUCCGGGGAAGUGAUGUAUUUUUUUAAUAAGUUAAAUUAAAUAUUUUAUUCACUUCACUAAAUAAGUAGAGAUUACUAUUGUGCUUAUCAUAAUUUUACGUUUUCAAACACGACACAGUUAACUGUGUUGAACGAAAUGCAUUCUUAAACAGAAGAGAAAGAUAUUCUUAAACUAAAAAGGAAUAUAGUGCAUAUAUAUAGUGACAAUGAAUGUCAAAAUUGGCAAAAGUUAAGCAAUAUUUAUUUUUAUUCCUUGUUUGAUCGAUACCCUCAUCUAAAUAAUAAAUUUGAAUUAAAAUCUUCUAUUUGAAUUAAAAAACUUUCCAUAAAUGAUCAAAUACUAGUCUCUGUACGUAGGGUAUGUAUGGCCCCAUACAGCUAAUCUAGGAUGAAGUAUCAAAUGGAUUUGCCAUGCGCGUACACCCGAGAGUGUCAAACAAUUUUAUAACCCAGACGAAUUAAAAAGCAGUAGACUACGAUGGACAAGCUUGACGUUUGUUCCGAGAAGGAUAGCAAAGAGUAUUAUAAUAUAUAGGGAAAAGAGAGCCCUCUCUACUCAUUAUGAGCUGUCUAUUUGAAAACUAGCGCCAUCUGGAGAUUGGCCCCGAAAAAAAACUAUUAUAAGCUCCAAAUUAUAAAAUUCAUUUUUAAUAUUGUGACGCAAUUAAAUAACUAACUCUACUUUUUAAUGUAGGUAUUGCAAUAAUUUACCUUGUUGAAAUUGCGCGUAGAGUUAGUUAUUUAAUUUUGUCACAACAUAGAACAUAAAGGAUAGAUUUAGUAGUGCAAUUAAUAUGCAAAAUGGAACACGAGAGCUACAUACAUGCGCAAAUGCUAGAACUAGCCGCCAUUUUAUGACCAGUGGGCAGUGACACAAAUAAAGAUAAGUUGAAAGGUUUCAAAGCGAGUGACAGCUGACAAAACUUUCAUUUUCGGGCCAACUAACAGAUGGCACUACAGUCUUCUGAAAACGUCACUUUAAGGCGUCUGUCCCACCCCUAAGGGAUAGUGUGAACUUAUUACUGAUUAGGUUGAAUAAUAAACCGAUUACGAUGAUAAUAAUUAACGUUGUUGCACUUUAUUUCUAAUGUAGUGGAAUUCUUUAUUCACGUAUUAAUAUGCUGCUGCUUUUAGUUUAUCAAUAUGUUUUACAAAGUAAAUAAUAUUGUUUUAGCUUCAUAUCGUACGUAAGAAAGGUUAUGUUAUGUGAUUUACGUUCAUUACGAAGCCCUAAUUAUAUUAUAACAUAUCAACUUGUUCCUUCAUAUGAGUUAUAUGAAACACUCAAUUGACACUUAAAUUACUGUUACUAAGGCAAAACAUUCAACAUAGGUCCUUUUUAUUCCGAAAAGUUUUUGUAUGUUGUGAUUUCGAUCAUAUGCAAGUAUAAUAAAUACUUCAUCCUAGAUAGCAAAUACUUUUUUUGUGUUUUUUUUACCAGAGCCUAGAGAGCAAACUGUGCAACGGGUAGAGUAGGUUGUUUAAAAUUAAUGCUAAAUUUCUAAAAUAUAUCUGGGCCACAUAUACUUAGUUCAAAUAAAUUGAUGUUUAUAAAUAUCGUUUUUCUAUGAACACUGCCAUCUAAUACGUGUGGCCCUGGUUUAACUAUAUGAUCCAAAUUUAGUGAAUUCGACAUGACGCGGACGUUUGAAGUUGCCAUGUGUAUAAAUUUAAUAAUUAGAGUUGCGACACAUGCAAUAUUACUCUCUAGACUUUAUGCCAUAUUCGAAUCACGAAUGUCAUAAAAUGGACCACAUUAAUGCCAAUUCUAGGUUAUAAUAUGAACUGCUCAUCGACGGCGUGAUAAAUGUUCAAGUUUGAUUUUAUUGCUUGAUUCUUGAUGUGGGAUUUGUAGAAGGCUUGGAUCGGAUCCAUCAUCAAUCAGAAGUGUACGGCUUUCAUAAGAAAAUGAACCCUUUUUCUAUUUAUUUACUUACUCUUGUGAGACCGUGCUCAUGGUCAAAAAUUUACUUCUAGUCGUAGACGGUAGUUUUUGAUUUACUCGAGAGUACCGACAUUUACGUUAGUUAAUACAGAAGACCGUAUUUUUGGCUGUUACAAUUUAUUGAAAAUAAGGAUGAUUGCUUGAAAAGGGACUUGUUAGACUGUAACGGGAUACAAGUUUUUUUUACUACCCGCAAAAUAUGUAUUUUAUAACUGUGAAAAUAAAAUUGUUUGUUUCAUGUUUCAACAAAUUCAAGCUAUAGUAAUUUUGAAUUAUUUUUAUAGCCAACAAAAUUAAUUUUGAUGAAAAUUGAUUGGUGGUGGAUGUUAUGGUAGGAUUAGGAAUGUUAAUGUUAUCAAGAUUGCGUGUUGUAGGCUCGUCAAGAUGUUUAAAUUUUAGGUGAUAAUCCUCAUGUAUUGUAUGUUAGUUGCAACUUAGUCUUGUCUCAGUAUAAUCCGAGAAUUAUGUAUUUUCGUAAUAAAUCAUUAAAUUAUCGUAAGGCUAA